AUGUCUGGCAGCGGCCUCGAGCAUGAUAUUACCGCCCGGAACUACAGGCCGUCUCCGUUUGGGCGUCAACUGUCAGCUCCCGAGAGCCAAUCCCCGGGCGACAACUCUUCACCAUUUGAGGUCUCACCGAUUGUACCCUACUCUUCCCUUGCGACUCUCGCAGAAUCCACGUAUUCGUCACCCCCAUUGGGCGUCGAUCCUUCUCUGUCUCCCUCCACAAAUUACCUUUCUCCGAGCGGCCAAUCCAAGGCCUCUGGGCACGAGUCUCCAGACCCGGACGACUUCUAUCGCCAGCCAGACGAGUUAGAUGCCAAUGCGACGAGCGAUCUCGGCAAUGUGACAACGGGCGCCAGUAACAGCAUGGCGGGCUAUCGCAACCCGAAUGACAGAGUGUCAUCCCUGCCAGCAAACGUACUUGAUCCCCCGCGCACUAGACGGCCGACCUACCGUUCCACCUCGGAUUCGCCAACGCUGGGAGGUCCCUCAGCCUUUGUAUCCUCGAACUUCACUUCCACCAGAUCCCGAAAUACAUCCAUCAAAGACCUCGUCAGCAAGUUCGAGCAGAAGUCCGACCAGGUCUUCCCACCUCUCUCCGCGUCACGAACAGCUUCACGAGCUGCGAGCCCCGCCGCUAGUGUCGACGGUGAUCAUUCACGCUUCGCGCCUCGUCGUCAAUUGCGCGACUCGCGGCCUCCGAUCUCCGUGACAAAUAAGUCAAGACCGCAACUUGACUCUACGCCAGCCUCGCCCGACGACGAAAGAUUGCCGGAAACGAGCGCCAUAAUACCACCACCUCUCGUCGAGCGGAUACCCAUCUCUCACCCUCGGCGGCUAUUGUUUGGCGAACUUCUCUCCCUCAACACCCAGUUCAAUAACUUGGGACACGGUAUUCCAGCCCAUCUGAGACGUCGUGGCUCGGACGGCGGUAUCCCAAGUCCCAAUCCAGCGUUUGCUGAGCAAUCUGAUCUGCCCCUUGCUCGGUCGCCAUUGACCCCAACUGCGUGGUAUCUCGGACAGGCCGGUUCUCUUGAAGCCGUGAGCGCCGCAAACACCGCACAUCAGCGCAUGAACGGACAUCGCAGAGUGCAGAGUGAUUUAUCUACAAACUCUCAGAGGGAGCCCCUUGCUGACCCUUGGGAACUUGACAUGGCUGUUUCAGUACCCUUGCAGUUAGCAAAGCCCGGUGAUGGGUCGCCAGAUAGCCCGGAUUCCAAGUCCCGCAUUCCUGUCUCCUCGCACCGUCUUGUCACUGCUUCCGGCUUCGAGAGCCUGUCACCAACCGCCAACAACCCGACAUUCAGCAGCCGCUCGAAUGCCAUUCCUUUACCCCCAAAGGGUUCUAGUCGCCUUCCUAAACCGUCAUUGAAGGAUAGUCCACCCCGCAUGAAGGAAAAUGAUCCCGCCUUGUUUGCGAUAACAACUCGUGGCAGGCGGGAUAUGACAGUUGGCCGAACCCGUCCUCAGGUACCCGAACGGAACCAGCAUCUUCAGGCCUACAUUUCCGUACCUCCCCCAAAGAAAUCUCCGCCAUUACGCAGCUCCCGACCUCGACAGCCGGUGUCUCACGGUGCUCCGAUCUCGCCACGUUCCAGAGUCGGUGAUCGAAUUUCGUCAUUGCAAAAGUCCGCUGAUCGUGAUACCGAGGCUCGCAACCCCCGGCAUCGACAACGCCGAAUUCCCGAAUUAGGCAAUGUUGAUUUUGAAACUCGGCGACAAAGGAUCCAACAAGCAUUCAAUCGGACCGUCCAGGAGAAUGAGCGAAAAGAAGAAGAGGCUGCAGAAAUUCGACGAAGAAAAUCUCAAUUGCUUGAAGCUGGUGACGACGUUCAGUCUCCAUCGGAUGAGACGACCUUAACACUCGCUACGGCGGUAAAUCUUACCCCACCGCCUGUUGAAAUGGCGACUGUCGUCAAAGAGUCGACCGAAACUGUCGGUGAUGACAACGUGCACCGCAAUCUACCUCAAAUGAAUUUGAUUACCGUUGUCGACCCCCCAAGCAACGAUGCGCCUCGGACCGAUAUGGAUUCUCCCACUCUGGGAAUUCCAGAUGGACGUCAUCGGGAAUUGUGCGAUAACGUGCCAGACUCAGCUGUCACCGCGAGCUCCGAUGAGACCCAUACCACGCACUUUGACAUUGAACCUCAAUCUGACUUGAUCGAGCGGAAACCCAGCGCUGAUCAUCGGACUUUGUUGAACCAUAUUAUGAAAAUUCGCGAAUCCAGUGACAGCGACUCGUGCGACGAACCGGAAUGUAGCAUGUCAGAGACUGAUGAAAAACAAUCGAUUCAGAUCAUGCUCCGUGAUACGACCUACUACAACUCCGCAAGCACAACGGAUACGGAAGAGCCACGCCAGCUUGCGCGACACUCGCAAGCCGCUCAACAUCAGACCAGAUGGAGUUUAAGCUCCUGGUCCUCUUCAGUGCAUAAUCAAAACUGUACAUGCGACGAUGAGUGCGACGAGAGCGGUGAUGAUCUGGCUCUCCGGAUAUCCCAGCCAGGACAAGAGGAGCCACCCACUCAGUCAUGUUCAGCUGCUUCAACAAGGGCCCCGUCAGAAAAUGGUGAUCCGAUCCAGGAUAUCGGAGUGAUGGGCCCUGAAUCCCUCAAAAAUACGCCACAGAUGCAAUCCUCCACCGUAUUCUCUACUCCUCCGAGCCUGGCCAAGCAAGGCAGAUGGGACUCGCGUCGUGCGACUCAGCUCUAUCUUGAGGAAUUAACCCGGGGUAGGAACAACUCCAAUGUUCCUCUUUCUACCACGCGUGCUCCUCACGAUUACAGCUCGCUUGAAGUGGACACCCGUGGCCACGGUCAGGUCGAUGGUUUCACAGACGACGGAGUCGUUGUUCCCAGAUUUGUGGAGAAGCCCAGUCAUGAGCGUCUUUCUCAUGGUGCAAGUCUGGUCGGCCGCGAAGACUGGGAAAAUGCUUCUCCGUCCAUUAUGGACUGGAUGCAUGUUGCCGCGGAAGAUGAAGAUGUCACACCAGCUUAUGACAAACCUGAGUUUAUCAAUGACGGUGCACCUACCCCCACACCGCGCUUGAUGAAUCCUGUCGCUGAACUGGAGGGUUCUAAUGAUCCGACUACGGGCCUUGGAGUGUCCCUCAAUCGUCAAGCAGCAUACGAGCUCCAGCGCCGACCUGUAGAACUAUCCGGGGAGACUGUCGAAAGUGCCAGCGAGGAAUCCCAGACCAUUCAGGCGCCUCUUUCAGUUUCGGGCCGAGUUCCGACCCUCCGUGAUCCUACGCUCAGUACUGCAAGCAGCGCCGACUCGUCAUUCCAGCGCGUCGAAUCUACCCAGUCCCCUCGAGCUGCGGGCUCAUCAGCUACCUCGCUUGCUCCGUCCUUCGAACAUCCCGCCCUUGUGGAACCGAAGAAAUCACCUUCUCCCGAACAGCGCCAUCUGAAGAAGCGACGCCACAUCAUCAAAGAGCUCGUUGAUACUGAAUAUACGUUUGGUCGGGAUAUGAAGGUUGUCGAUGACAUUUAUAAGGGUACGUCUAGCUCUUGCUUGGAUCUUUCCGUGGAUGAUGUGAAGGUUCUCUUCGGGAACUCCGACCAAAUCGUUCAGUUCUCUAUGAGCCUCCAAGAUGCACUGAAGAAAGCUGCACGGAGUGUCUAUGUUAUGCCGCGCUCUCAGCGCUGGGCAAGCAGGCGCAACACUCGAAACCCUCAAGCUGUGGCAGAUGAACAGCCUGAUGGGGAAGGCGACAUAACAAAUGUCGAGAAAGACCGUGCCACAAACAUUGGUGCGGCAUUCGUGACCCACAUGACUCAAAUGGAGAAGGUGUACACCGAGUACUUGAGGAAUCACGAUGCCGCCAACAAGAAACUGCAACUUCUGCAGCACAACCCUAAGGUUGCUAUUUGGCUCAAAGAGUGUCGCGAUUGGGCUUCGGAUCUCACAAGCGCCUGGGAUUUGGACUCAUUGCUUGUCAAGCCUGUACAACGGAUCUUGAAGUAUCCUCUUCUUCUCGCGGAUCUGCUGGAAUCCACCCCCGAAGAACAUCCCGACCGUGCGACUCUGUCUUCAGCUCUUCUAGAAGUGACCAAUAUUUCUAUUCGUAUCAAUGAGAUGAAAAAGCGAGCUGAUCUUGUUACUCAAGUUGUGGGUCGCAAGCGCAACCAGUCCGAUGUGCGAACGGGUCUGUCUAAGGCCUUUGGUCGCCGUACUGAGAAACUGCGCCAGCAAGUUGGAUUGUCUGAUAUGUACGAGGACAAGGAGUACGACGCCCUUGCCGAAAAGUUUGCCGAACAAUUCAUCCAGUUGCAGCUGGUUGUUCGGGAUGUGCAGGAUUAUGUUGAGUCUACGAAGAGGUGGAUGAUCCAGUUCAAUGAACUUGCGACAUCUAUUGAGGCCUUCCUCGACGUGCACAACUCUCCCUACCCGGAGCUGGAGAGCAAGUGGCGCCAGUUCAGGAUAACUGUUCGAGAUAUUAUCACUUACGCCUUGCCUGAACAUAUUGACGUGGUCAUGAAAUCUUGCAUUGAUCCCACCUCGAAAGUGAUCUCGCUAUACACUGGACCGGAGCGCGUGAUGAAGAAGCGACAAAAGCGCCUAUUGGAUUAUGGACGCUACAAGUCGAUCAUGGAGCGUGGAGAGAAGCCCGACAAGAAGACCACCGAGCAGGGCGAGCAAUUCAUCGCUUUGAAUGAGACCCUCAAGGAUGAACUGCCCAGACUUUUCGCAUUGUCUUCCAAAUUCGGUCAAGCCUGUCUGCAAAACCUAGCCGACAUUCAACUCACCUGGUGGACUAUCUUGCAGCAGAAGGUCGCACCUUUUGUGGAGAUCUUCCCGGAUGACAUGCAAAAGUUGGUCAGUGACUGGAACAGUGACUUCUCGUUCUCAGAAGCCCAGGUCCUCUCCCUUGGUAUUUGCAAUGGUUCUCUCAUGGCCGAAACUGUCAACCUGGUGAAUUUCAAUACCCCGUCCACCAAGGAUGUCAACUCGCGUCGUCCGUCGACAACUACCAGCUCCAACCCUCGCCCGCACUCCUUUGCUGAAGAUUCACCUAAGGUGUCUUAUGAAUACGGAACCAGCCAACUAUUCCAGUCUCCUCGUAUGUCUAGUCACUCCGGUGCCCGCACUCGGGCCGAGUCAUCAUUCUCUGGGCGCGCCCAGCCCGAACCCCUCAACACUCCAGACCUGGGACGCAGUCAGUUACUGCAACAGGUGACCAACUCCCUUGGCACCAACUCGCGACCCUCAAUGGAAGCAGAGUCGUUCCCCAGCCUCCCCAGGCUUAGUCUGGAUACCCCCUUCCUCGCCGACGUGAUCAACGCUCCAUCAAGCGUUGACCCCGUCGGCGAGCAGCCCCCACUCCUCCAGCUAGCCGCUACUCUAACUUCUUCUCCCGCGCCCGUGGAACCCACCGUCCUUUUUCACGUGGCCAGUCUCUACGAGUUCAAUAUCGACCGGUCGCGUCGCGAGGCGGGUUAUCCCUACCUGAUCUACGACACCGGUGACAUCUUUGACGUCGUCGGCGAAAAGGGCGAGUUGUGGCUAGCACGGAACCAAGACGAUCCCACCCGUCAGAUCGGCUGGAUCUGGACGCGCCAUUUCGCGAAACUCUCGACCUAG